AUGUCAGCGAUAGCGAGCGAAGAUGAACCUGUCAACUCUCGUCCGCCAAGUGGAGACAUCGAGAGCCAUUCGUCGAUCGGGUCUCAGCAGCAUGCCCCGUUCGACAAGGACGAGCAGCCAGCAGGCGAACAAGCGGAUACACCACCCGAUGUGCCUGACCUGAUCACUUUGCUGUCCACGCUCAGCUUGCUCACCUUCUUUGCGAUAUGGGGUGAUCUGCUUCGCAAGGCUGUCGUCGCUGCAGGCUCCUAUGGCGGUGUGACGCUCUUUCCGCUCGCAUGGGAUCAAAUACUCGGAUGCGUCAUCAUGGGGGCGGCAGUCAACAUGCGUGCAGACCUGGAAGCCUACUAUCCGCCCCUCUAUACAGGCUUGUCCACCGGAUUGGCAGGCUCCGUCACCACAUUUUCCUCCUGGAUGCUCGAAGUCUUUCAGGCGUACAGCAACCAACGUCAUCAAGACCAUCACGGCUUUCACAACUUCAUGGACGCACUGGGCCAGACCGUCGUGACGCUCGGCAUCGCGGUUGCUUGCUUGAUCUUUGGCUCUCAUCUCGGCAAAUUCCUGCUGCUCAGGCGCCUACCUAUCGCCCGUAUACUGAGAUCACCUCGUUAUCGCCGUCAUGCCCGCACCUCGACGCUCAGCCACGUCCUGGCUCUCGCUCUAGGGCCGCUGUUCUGGGCAGGCGCAGCUGUCUUAUGCGGACUCAGAUCAGAUUGGCGCGGCAUCGUCACUUUUGGCCUCGUGUUUGCUCCUCCCGGCGCAAUCUUACGAUGGUGGCUAGCCAAGAAGCUCAACCCUGUCGCACCGAACUUUCCCUUGGGCACUUUUGCGGCCAACAUGAUCGGUACAGCUCUCAUUGCGCUCUUCUUCCUCUUGCAAUACACCGGCGAUCGAUCCAUCACAUCAUGCGGCGUCUUACAAGGUCUGUCAGAUGGCUUCUGUGGCUGUCUGACCACUGUCUCCACCUUUGCUGUCGAACUCAGAUCGAUACGACACAGACAUGCCUACCUCUACGCGUUCGUCAGCUAUGCAGUCGGUCAGAUCCUCAUGGUCCUCGUUCUGGGUGCCUAUUGCAUCUUUGACUCGCUUUUGGACGAACGCUCUGACAACACAAAGAGACCGCGCAAGAACAAUGAGGCUUCCACGGCGAUGACACUCGCGCCUGCUCGCUUUGCUCCCGCUGUCGAUGUCAUCGAGAAUGACAAGGACUUCACCAUCAAAGCGGAGUUGCCCGGCGUUCCAAAGGACAAGGUCUCGAUCGAGCUCCAAUCGAACACACUCGUCAUCCAGGGCACGACUGAGACCAUCAGCGAGCAAGACAAGGGAUCUUACAAAGUCUCUGAGCGCCGUCGUGGCUCCUUCCAGCGCUCCCUGCGUGUUCCUCAAGGUUUGAAAUCAGACGAGAUCACUGCCAAGUUUGACAAUGGCAUCUUGACCAUCACAUUCCCCAAGAAGCCUGUCGAUACUCAGGCCAAGACGAUCUCGAUCUCAUGA